AUGGCCAAGUCAAUCCUCGACAGGCUCAGGGUGAGGGACGAUACCGAGCACGGGUAUGAGACGACGAAAUGGAUCAACCCAGACAUCGCACCGCUCCCGCCAAACCGUAGAACCUGGGGUGUAUGGGCCUUUCUUGGGUUUGGAUCGAUCUCCAACCUUUGCAUCUCAGCAUGGACUGGUGCGGCGUCUUUGCUGUCGCUGGGUCUCACCAUCCCCCAGACCAUCGGCCUCAUGAUUCUUGCGAGAGUUCUCAUCUGCUUGCUCGUCAUCGGCAACGGGUGGAUGGGUGGUGAAUGGCACAUCGGCUUCACUGUGUCUCAGAGAAUCAUCCUGGGUAUGAACGGCGCCUAUAUCGGCCAGCUCAUCCGUAUCAUGCUUUCCAUUGUUUGGUACGGAUCUCAAGCUUGGCUUGGAGGACUUUGCGUGUCGGCUAUGUUGAGCAGCUGGAGCUACAAGUUCCUCACCAUGGAGAACACUCUCCCCGAAAGUGCUCACAUGAACACUCGCGACCUCAUCGGCUUCGUUCUUUUCCACUUGAUUUCCAUCCCAUUCUUGCUCAUCCGUGUAGAGAAAGCCAAGGUUCCCGUUAUCACUGCCAACCUCAUCGUUCUCGUCACCAUGAUGGGUAUCACCAUCUGGGCAUGCACCACCGGCGGUACCGGACCCCUCUUCGAGUCCGGCGCGAAGCAAGCAUCCACCCUGACCAAAGAAUGGGCCUGGGUCUACGGCAUCAUCGCCUCCGUCGGAAACAUUUCCGCCGGUGUUCUGAAUCAGAGCGACUUCACUCGUUUCGCCAAGCGCCAGGGCUGCCAAGUCCCUGGAAUAGUCUUCUCUCUCUUCAUCCCGGGCAUGAUCGUUCCCAUCUUCGCCAUUCUCACAGCCUCGGCCUCGAUGGCCAUCUGGGGCUUGGAGGAACCCAUGUGGAACCCCUUGACUGUCAUCACCCAGUGGAUGAUGGAUGACUACAACGCCAAGUCGCGUGCCGGAGCGUUCUUCUGCAGUCUGGGCUUUGUGCUCGGGCAAAUCGCGGAGAACAUUCUCGGCAACGGUUACGCCGCCGGCAUGGAUCUGGCUGGAUUGCUUCCGACCUGGAUCACCAUCAGGCGCGGCGCCCUCAUUGCCGCUGCUCUGUCUUGGGCUGUCCAGCCGUGGGAGUUCUAUAACACUGCUAGCGUCUUCGUCUCUGUUGCCGCCAGUUUCUCCGUCUUCAUGGGUCCUUUGACCGGUAUCAUGAUGACGGACUACUUUGUCAUCCGCCGACAGAAGAUCGAGAUCAGCCAGCUCUACACAGGAUCCAAGGAUGGAGCUUACUGGUACACCGGCGGGUUCAACUGGCGAGCCUUUGUGGCCUGGGUGGUGUGCUUUGUUCCUGCCAUGCCGGGAAUGAUCGCUGCCGUCAACCCUAACGUCAAGAUCAAUGAUGGUCUCUACAAGUACUACCUGGGCAACUACAUCUUUGGGUUCUUGGAAGCAGGUGCACUUUACGCGUUCCUGACUUUCGUCUUCAAGCCCAAGAGACUCGGGUACCAGGACGAUUUUGACCUUUAUGGAACCUUCGAUGACGAUGUUGCCAUCCAGAAGGGCAUGGCGCCUUUCGAAAGACCCAAGAGGGUUGAUGGGCCUAUCGAGGGAACGCCUGUUCAUCUCAACGAGGAUGGUUCCAAGAAGCCAGUCGCGGUCUGA